AUACACCUUCACGUCUGGAAGAAUGGUAGGGUGGCGAUUAUCGCACACGUACGCGCCACACACGACCAUCACUCUCGUCUCCUUGAUUACAUGUCCCGAGGAAGAGCGGAAAAGGAAAGAAGAGCUGAAAUUUGCAGGCAGCCAUUCAUUGUCGAUGCGAGGGCCAGAGCUUGA